AUGACUGUACUGCGUCGAGCACCUGUCCAUGGUGUCCGCCAUUAUGUGACAGUCACGACUCAACUUGCCACUCUCCGAGUGUCGGCGCAGUAUGGAAGGACAGCAGCCUACAGACGAUUACUCCCGCUGGAGAAGCAAUCACCAUAUCUCAGUCCCUCAUUACAUCUGACGCCGUUCUCUCCCAGACUUACCGUUUUGAAUCAGCCUCUCCUUCGAUCUCUCCACUCCUCCGGAGCUCGAUCCCAACAAACCCAGACCAAAGAAGACCCAAAACAAGAAGUUCGAGAUCCGCCACGGGACGAGAAGGCAGAAAAGGAAGCAAGUGGAGGAAAAGAGAAGAAUGAAGAAAAAUCAGAGAAGGAAGAGAAAGAAGGAAAAGAUUCCCGUCCACCUCCACCACCUCAUGGUGACAAGACCCCCUGGCAAGUCUUCGUUGACACCCUCCGAACCGAAUUCAAGGCGUCCAAAGAAUGGAACGAAUCUACCAAACAACUCUCUGGCUCGGUUCAGCAGUUUACCGAAUCCGAUGCUGUAAGAAGGGCGCGAGAAGCGUCAGAGGCGGCGUCGAAGGGCACGUCGCAGGUCCUGAAGAGCACAGCCAGCGCCAUCGGCCAAGGCGCGGCAUGGACCUGGGAGACACCAGUCGUUCAAGGCAUACGGAAAGGAGUCAACGCCACCGGUCGGGGGAUUGAAAGAGCCACUCGGCCGAUUCGGGAAACAAAGGCGUUCAAGGACGUCUCGGAAGCUGUCGAUGAUGGGAGCAGCUCCAGAUAUGGUGGCUGGAUAGAGAAAGAGGAGCGAAGGAAAAGGGAAGAAGCCAGAAGACUGAAAGAAGCACAGUCGCCUAACAAAAAAGAGGAGCCCAUGGUUGAAGAUCCAAACGCCGGAACCAACAUCACAGUUCAUAAAGACUCCGCAUGGCGAGAGUCAUGGAACAAUUUCAAGGAGAACUCGAAGCUCAUGCAGAGUUUAUUCAACAUGAAAACUACAUACGAAGAGUCGGAGAAUCCUCUGAUAUCAACAGCGCGCUCAAUCUCGGAUCGGGUAGCCGGAUUUUUUGCGGAGAAUGAGACGGCCAUGGUCAUUAAGAAAUUCCGCGAAAUGGAUCCGUCGUUCCAGUUGGAACCGUUCCUGCGCGAUAUGCGAGAAUACAUUUUGCCCGAAGUGCUCGACGCAUACGUCAAGGGCGACGUCGAAACUUUGAAAAUGUGGCUCUCGGCGGCACAAUUCCAGGUCUAUUCGGCUCUGAUGGAACAGUACACCAAGGCCGGCCUGAAAUCGGACGGACGGAUUCUUGACAUCAGACACGUCGACAUCCUGAAUGCUCGAUUACUGGAGCCUGGUGACAUCCCCGUCUUCAUCAUCACGUGCCGGACGCAAGAAGUCCACGUUUACCGGAAUGCGAAGACGAAUGAAUUGGCUGCAGGCAUGGAAGAUAAGGUCCAACUGGUGACGUAUGCCAUUGGCGUGACGAGAAUACCGGAAGAAGUCAACAAUCCCGAAACGAGAGGGUGGAGGAUGAUUGAAUUGCAGAAAGCGGCCAGAGAUUAUAUCUGA